AUGCGCUGCAAGAAUGAAUCGACGAUGAUGACGCCGACCCGCGGCUUGUCGGAAGUAGCGAGCGCCGAAAUGUCGUGUUACGGCGUGUUCCGCAAACUGGAAUCCGUCCGUGGCGGGGGAGAGCGCAUCACAGCCGGCCGGCUGCCGCAGUCACGACUGUCCGUGGCCGUGCAGUCACCGCCGAUUACGCCAGUCAGUCCGCGAGUGUCAGCGUUCGCGUACGUUACCGCAGCGGCCGACGACGACGACCACGACUGUUGUAAUUUCGACCGUGAAACGUAUUCGGUGUACGGUUGUGACGCGGCCACGGCGGUUACUACGUCGACCACGGCCACGGUUACGACGGACGCGGCUUCCACUGGUGGCCGCGACGACUGCGGGCUGAGCGACUUCGGUGGUGCGGUUGCUUGGGACGAAUACGACUACUGCUGUAGUGCGGCCACCGCGGUGGAUACAACGGUCGAUCUCCGUGGGGGCGCAGCCCCCCCAUUCAGUCACACCCCAAUGGGCUCGACCACCAAGCUCGUGGGGAUCGAUGCCAACAGCGAUGAUACUCCAAAGAUAUAUUGCUGCAAAUCAAAUUGUCUGCAGAGUUUUGGCACUCUGUUGAUGACCGUCUCACUGACAUUAAGUCUGGCGAACGUCAUACGACUGCCCCGGAUGGUAUUUCUGUACGGUGGCGGUACAUUUUUGGUAUCAUAUCUCGCGGUUGCCAUUGUGUUUGGAGUUCCUCUAUUGUUUUUGGAGAUAACGCUUGGUCAGUUUUGUCAACAGGGCACCACUAAGCUAUGGAGAGCAGUGCCUCUGCUAAAAGGUGUCGGAUUCGUCAAAGUUUUGGCGUCCGUGUUACUUGCCGCGUACUACCCGAUAAUCAUGGCAUUAUCGUUAUUUUACGGUUCGCGCAGUAUCAUCGGAAGUAUCCCGUUUCCGGAAUGUAGCAAUUCCAUCAGCUUUUAUCAAGGAGUGAAUUCUAACGCUAUUAGUAGUGACCAAUGUCUUCAGCAGACUUUUAUCAAACCACCGCACUUGAGCUGGCAGUGGAUUGCGAUGGACGUUUUGCUUAUACUACUUAUUUGGAUCGUAGUCGCGAUAAGCCUGAUAAAAAACAGUAAAUCCUACAGAACAGUGGCAUUGCUUGUCGUACCUGCAACGUUUGUAACGAUUGCGGUUUUAUUGGUCAAAGGACUUAACUCAAAUCAACGAGGAUUGGAUAUACUGCUAGACAUUCAAUGGGAAACUUUGUGGAAACUAGACAUAUGGUAUCAUGCUGUAGUACAAUUUUUUUUCACUACUCAUUUGGGAUUUGGUAAUAUCACAACUAGUGCGGGUCGACUGUACUCAAAGUCUAAUCCUUUUUGGACUUCAGUAAUGCUUACGGUGGUUAGCAUCGUAGUCGGCUUGUGUAGUGUUUCAAUAGUUACAAUGUGGAUAUAUGACGUGCAAUUACAAGUAGGACAGAAAAUGCUGUCUUCGACGGCUCUGUCGGAAGUCUGGUUCCUGACAUUUGUGUACGAAUUGACGACCAGAGGCAUUCUAUCCGAUCUGUGGGCUGCUUUGGUCUAUACAUUGGUGUUCCUUUCCGGAUUCCUGAGUCUGAUAGCGGCCAUUUACACUGCCAUCGUAGGACUGUCUGUCGAGACCAAGGAAAAAUGGAAGUGGUGGAUAUUGACUUGCAUGGUUUGUUUUAUCGCCUUCUUGAUGGGUGUCCUGUGCCUUUUGCCCGAAAACCUUCAAGCCGUACACUUGCUGGACGAGUACAUCAUUGGUCGCAUGGUGGUCACAUCCACGGUGCUGGAACUAAUUGCUUUCGUCUGGAUCUACGGGCUGGAAUCGCUAUCCAACGACUUCGAGUUUGUGCUUGGAUACAAACUGUGCUUCGUGUGGAAAUUUGUGUGGCUGGGCACUCCGAUUUUGUUCAUGGUAUUUGAGUUUUGGAGUCUGUUCGUGAUGCCGCUAACUGAGUCUGAUUAUAGCUCUCACGAUUCCAUGUGGCUGUACGUGAUCGGUUGGAUCGUUUACCUGUUCAUGUGGUCGAUGAUUAUCGGCAUAGCCGUGUGGCAGAUAUCUGCUCAGGUGGAUUACAACUUUUCGCAAAAAUUCCUGAGCACCAUCAAACCGGCGCGGAACUGGGGUCCGGUGGACCCAAUAUAUAGACACUGUUGGGUGCAGUGGAAGAAACAGUACCAGGUGACAGGUGAGAGGGACUUCACGCUGAGGCGACGUGGUACCAAGGACUACACGCAUUCUAUCAAGCGGGGCAAACACGCUGCACCUCCAGGCACGGCAUAUAGUGUCAGCCCUACGUCGUUGGAUCGUACGUCAUCAUGUUACAGCAUAGAUGGUGUUGGAGGUUUGUCUCGUCAGCACUCUUCUGAUCAACAAUCACAACAUCAACAACAACAAAAAAACCUUCAUCAGUAUCACUACAACCACACAAUGGCCGACCAAAGGCGGUGGACCGCCGCGGAACCCAAAAACAGCGGCGGGAGUUCUAUCAAUUAUAUGUGA